AUCACACCACAACAAACAGUACAGAAAGCGCCGUUUUCCACACUGCCUGCGUGAAAGAAAAAAAAACAGCUUUCAGUCAGAGCCGCGAGAUGAAGCUCCUCGGUCGCUUUGCCAUGUUGCUCUUUCUUUGCGUCGCAGCAGAGACCAACACAGUGUGGCGUGAGGCUGGCAACAACGUCACCUUGAGAUGUUCCAGCUGCAGCGAAGGGUACGACGGGAUGUACCUUUUUCUGUAUCAGCAACAGAACCCGCGGAAGCAGGUGCUGUACUAUCCAAAGACCCCGGGAGAUACCUUCAUGAACAGGACUGUUACAGAAGGAUCUCUGAGGAACCACACAGUCACCAUCAGCCAGCUGACUGUGGACGACGCCGGAUUCUACAAGUGUGUCUAUAUCAAGUUUCCCCGUGUGGAAACACAAUGCAGCAACUACACACUCUUUGUAAGGGGAGUUGCACCGUGUUGUUGUCCCCUCGCCGAAGACAAAAGUCCAUGUCUGGCGUGGAUCAUCAUCGCCGCCUUCACCACUGGCAUGCUGGUAACCAUCCCCUUCAUCCUGCUGGUUGCCUGGAGGGUGAGACGACGGUGUGGCAGCAGCAGAAGAACCAGUGUCCCGCGGCAGGUUCCCAACGACAACGUGUAUGAAGUCAUGACUCCUGCUCAAGAGGCACCGCCGCCCGGCCCACAAUGCUGUGCUUAGCAGCGCUCGGCUCGGGCCCACGGGCGCUCUUCUUCCUCAGGCUGGAGUGAGACAAAGUUAAAAAUGCAUGUUAAACAGCUGAACAAUGUGUUUCGGUGUUUCUUUUCUUCACUAGCAUUCCAAGUAACUGCUUUAAAGCUUUAGGUUUGGUAAGGUUUCAUAGCUCUGUAUGAAACCUUACCAAACCUUUUAAAGCAGUUACAGAAUAUAUAUAUAUUUACGUAUGCUAACCUAAAUAACAUGUCAACAACUCAGGUAUUAUAGAAAUAACUGUAUUUACAUUCAUUUAUUGCAGUUUAAAACAUCCACUACAAUUAAGGAAACCAAAUAAACCGAGUGCUAACAGUAAAUCGUGAACAGUUAAGAGACACAAAAGGAAGUGGGAUUAAUACCCAGAGCACGUGUAGCUCUUGACAAACAAAGAGUAGAGGCUGAUAUCUUCAAAAGUUGUGUGGCAAAACUUGUGCGGAUGCGCGUGUGGGCAGAAACCACUUACUUACUGAGAGGGGUGGAGGAUGUUUGAGCUGUUGUUUUGCAAGUGCACUGCUUUCCCAUUAGAGAUGAACGCCUAUCUGAUGCCAUCUGUAUAUUCAUAAUAGGAUUAAUCAGGCACAAUAUUGAAAUAUGUUUGUUAAAUGAAGGUGCUUCCUGAUAGUAAAGGUGGUGAUGAUGCAAAUGGUUAUUUUGAAUCUGUUCUAAUUGUAUCUCACUGUCAGGUAAUGAAUGAAAAAAAAAAUGUGGUGAUUGUUGUUUCUUGUAGUAAUUUCUUACUUACUAAGACACAAAUGUUUGUACAGGGCAGGAAGUGCGUGUCAAACAAAACCACAGCUACUCAGAAACGAGGUCAGACCCCAUCAUCAGGGGG